UGGCAGAUAGCUCUAAAUUCCUGCAAUGCCAAGACUGGUGGGAACAAAGGGCCUUUGUGUUCCCGAUGGGACAUGGGCGGGGGGAAGGAAGCGAAGCUGGAACAUGGGCACAAGGCAGGAAAGGGAGAGGUGGGAUGAGAGGCUGGGAAUGGGAGACCCCAGCGCACCCCACUCAGGGUUACGGAAUGUCCCCUCCCCGGGAGACCAAGUGGGCAGGAACAGGGCUGGCCUAGGAGACCAGGAGAAUCCAGCUCCGCAGAAAAUGGGGGCGGAGGGGUGUUUCUUAGGGGUGUUCUCCCCUCGGAUCAGUGCUGACCCCAAUGCCCCCAGCACAGUGCAGGGAUUCUUACAUAAACACACCCCCCCCGCGCCUCACCCCAUGUGGCUGCAUCUCAGCUCCCAGCCAGGGAUCCCUCUAGAACAGAAGGGAAGUUGGCUGCAAUUGAGCUGCUAAAGAGAAAACCGGGGAGAAAGCUCCCCCCCGCCCCCGAAAUCCUCCCUGGAACUGCAGAGGACAAAGGAGACCCCGGGGACACCAGAUGCAGCCUGCAGAGGGAAGCACCGGGACCCCCCACAGUUUCCCUAAUCCACGUUAAAUCACAGGCUGGAGUAGCGGCAGAGCCGGAUCAAAUCGUAGUCUGCCCCCUCCUUCCAGAGCUAGGGACAGAACCCAGGCGUCCUGGCUCCGAGUUGCUCAGCCCCAGAUGGCUCCGCCCCGUGCAGGGUGACGCGUGCAGCCAUGCUGCUGCUGCGACCUGGAAGCAAAUAGCUCCGGGGUCAUAUGGAAAGUGUCAGCUGGGGGACAGCUCCGCGGGUUCGUCUUUGUGCCCCGCGGGGGUGGGGAGCUGAGAGCCAGGACUCCUGGGUUUUGUCCCCCGCCCUGUCAGGGGAGUGGUGUCCAGUGGUUAGAGCAGGGCUCCCUGUCUCUUCUCCAGAGGCCAGAAGGGGGCAGCUGGGAGUUGGGGUCCUUCUCCUGGAGCCUUGGCCGGGUUGAUUUGGUGCCGUGGGACAUGACCAACGACCUGGACAUCUUCGUGGGGAACACCACGCUGAUCGAUGAGGAGGUGUACCAGCUCUGGUUGGAUGGGUACUCAGUGAGUGAUGCAGUGGGCCUGCGGUUGCGCAGCGGGAUCCUGGAGCAGACGGGGGCCACGGUGGACGUACUGCAGAGCGACACCAUGGAUCAUUACCGCACUUACCACAUGCUGGAGCGCCUGCUGCACACCCCCUCCAAACUCAUCCACCAGCUACACUUUCAGAUCCCCCCCUCCCGCCAGGCCAUGCUCAUUGAAAGGUACUAUGCCUUCGACGAGGCCUUUGUGCGUGAGGUGCUGGGCAAGAAGCUCUCCAAAGGCACCAAGAAGGACCUAGAUGACGUCAGCAGCAAGACAGGCAUCACCCUCAAGAGCUGCCGGCGCCAGUUUGACAACUUCAAGCGGGUGUUUAAGGUGGUGGAGGAGAUGCGGGGGUCCCUGGUGGAGAACAUCCAGCAGCACUUCCUGCUCUCAGACCGGCUAGCCAGGGACUACGCUGCCAUCGUCUUCUUUGCAAACAGCCGCUUUGAGACGGGCAAGAAGAAGCUGCAGUUCCUGACCUUUGAGGAUUUUGCUUACUGCGCAGAGCAGAUGAUCCAAAACUGGACACUGGGAGCUGUGGACUCCAAUGUGGACGACAUGGACGUGGAUCUGGAUAAGGAGUUCCUGCAGGAACUCAAGGAGCUCAAGGUGCUGAUCGCUGAUAAGGAUCUGCUUGAUCUACAUAAGAGCCUGGUGUGCACGUCACUGCGCGGGAAGAUCUCGGUGUACAACGAGAUGGAGGCCAACUUCAAGAACCUGUCACGGGCACUGGUCAAUAUGGCCUCCAAGCUGAUCCACACCAAGGACGUGCGCGACUUCUUCAUCGACCUAGUGGAAAAGUUCAUUGAGCCCUGCAAGUCAGAUAAAUGGACCUUGAACGACGUCCGUCUCUUUCUGACGCAGUACACGACGUCCGCUCACACCUUGGACGCCUUCCGACACCAGGCUCUCUGGGAUCGGUACAUGAGCACCAUCAAAUCCUGCCUGCUUAAGAUGUACCACGACUGACAAGCAGGGGGGAGCCCUGACUGUUUUAAAUGUCCUGCUCUGCCACUGAUCCUUCUGCCGGAUCUCUGUUCCUGUGUUUUGUUUACCUGGGCUGCAUCUUGGGAGCCCUGAUGUGAAGCCCCCUCGCCACUUCCCCAGGGCCGGACGCUGCCUCCUCCAAGAUUCCCUCUCUCCAUCUUCAGAGUUUUAGCCCAUUGUAGAAAAUAAAUGGAAGAGCCACUUGUUG